AUCUAAAAGUUGUGACUUGAGUCCGUCUGUCUCUCUCAUAUCAAUGGAGAAGAAUUAAUAUGAUUAAUUAUAUCUUUAAUAUUUAUACAUAAACAUGUGUGUUGAAAAAUCUAGCUAGUACUAAUAAGAAGGAUCAUUUUGAGUUUAUCUUUGCGCUUUUUAACCUUCCCUUUCCCUUGGAUAUGGCAGAACUAGCUCAAGAACUUCAGCUUCCAGUAAUGGGAAAUAAACAUGAGGAAGACAAGGAGGCAAACACAUCAACUGGUCAUCAACAACAACGCUCCACAAAUCUUAGAGCAAGAAGUUACAAAUGGUGGCUAAGAAUGGUAAUCUACAUGCUCUUUCUUCUUGCUGGACAAUCAACAGCAACGCUAUUAGGAAGAUUAUAUUUUGAUGAAGGAGGAAAAAGCAAAUGGAUAGAAUCAUUGGUUCAAACUGCUGGUUUUCCAAUUCUGAUUCCUUUCUAUUUUUUAUUUCAACCAUUUUCCAAAUUUCCCACAACUCAAAAUAGCCAAUCAGAUUCAAAACUUGGGCCAUCAAUCUCAAAACUAGCAAUGGUUUAUGUUACCCUUGGUUUGAUCACAGCAGCUGCCUGUUUCUUGAGUUCAAUUGGGCUUCUUUACCUCCCAGUUUCUACUUUGUCAAUCAUUUUUGCAUCCCAAUUGGGUUUCACAGCUUUCUUUUCUUUCUUCCUCAAUUCCCAGAAGUUCACUCCUUUCAUUAUCAACUCUUUAGUCCUCCUCACUAUCUCCUCCACCCUCCUUGCAUUUCAACCAAACGCUGGACAUCUUAAUGGAGUCACCAAAGGGAAAUAUGCAAUAGGUUUCGUAUGCACUUUCUUUGCUUCAGCCAUAAGUGGACUUGUACUUUCUCUCUCACAGUUCUUCUUCCGGAAGGUUAUCAAAAACGAAUCGUUUAAGGCGGUUUUGGAUAUGAAUUUCUUUCAGUGUCUGGUAGCAAGCUUUGCAACCUUAAUUGGACUAUUUGCUAGCAAUGAGUGGAAAGGUCUAAGGAAAGAGUUGGUGGGGUAUGAAUUGGGUAAUGUUUCCUAUAUCAUGACCCUUGUCUGGACAGCUUUGAGUUGGCAACUUUUCUCAAUUGGUGCAGUGGGGUUGAUUUUUGAAGUCUCUUCACUAUUCUGCAAUGUGAUUAGCUGUUUGGGAUUGCCUAUCGUUCAAGUCUUAGCAGCGGUCAUUUUCCAUGAUAAGAUGGAUGGUUUGAAGGUGAUUUCAAUGAUUUUGGCCAUUUGGGGUUUUCUUUCUUAUAUCUAUCAGCAUUAUGUUGAUGACCAGAAGUCCAAGACUACUAUUGAAAAUAGUACAAAUGCCAAUGGAGUUUCCAAGCCUUCCUUCUCUGUCUAAAAGGUGAAUGAUUAAUUAUAGUAUUCUUAUUUGGUAUGUUUAAGAACUUAAAGGUAUUGUUCGACAAAAUCGGAUUCAUGUCAGGUCGACAUGAUUAUUAUAGCGUCGAUCAAAUUUUGAUGAUAAAACUAUCAAGUUUACUUGAUAUGUGAAGAUGAUUGUUUAAGAUGCAAUAUAAAUAAUUUUGUAGCAAUAAGCCAAUAUAAUAAUUUAAAUUACCUUGCCAGAAGCAGUGCUUUUGUUUAUUUUUUGUCUAUUUUGUAUCCAUUGAGAAACUGGGGAAGAAAGUAGAGUGUAAUUGAAUUUUCCAGCUUUAAAAAAAAUAAAAUAAAAUUUGCUAUAUUCUAUUUA